CUAGGCUUCUUUUAAAGGCGACUAGGUUUUGCUGGGGGAAGGUUUCUGUUCUUUCUGUCAUAUCGUUGCAUUUUUUAUGUGGCUCUGCAUUUCUCAGAUAGAUCAUUGUUAAGCUAGCUUGAUUUUUGAUAUUGGAAAGCAUAAAUGGCGAAGAAGAAGAAUCCUCUGGUUUUUAUGGAUGUUUCAAUCGAUGGUGAUCCUGUUGAAAGAAUGGUUUUUGAGCUGUUUGCUGAUGUUGCUCCUAAGACUGCAGAAAAUUUUCGAGCACUUUGUACAGGGGAAAAAGGAAUUGGUCUAAAAACUGGGAAACCACUGCACUAUAAAGGGUCCUUCUUUCAUCGCAUCAUUAAAGGUUCCAUGGCUGAGGACACAGGGCUGAUGGUCACGACUGCUUUUCUUGUGAUGUAGUUUUAAGGGUGGUGAUUUUGUAAAACGAGAUGG